GCAUUUCGCAGGUAGCUGUCAAAAAUUAAGUGCGCGUUUGUUGACACGUAGCUUGUUUUCGUGGGUCCGGCAGAUUUUCAUUCAAGUGAAUAAAUUUGUUUUUCAUCAAUUUCAAUCGGUGCAACGAACACAAUGACUCCGAAGCUGAAGAUUUCGGAAUUCGUACUGCAGCGCAUUGCCAGAGUGACCUCCCAGUGCAGUGGCGAGCUGUUCGGAAUCAUGUGCCGCGGAACACUAACCGUACUUGGAUUUAUUCUGGAGGGAAAGGAAAAAUCAAGCACCCUCAACUACAGCAAGGUACUGAACAAUUUCCCCACGGAGAUUGAUCUGUGCGGAUUAAUCAAAUUCGGGCCGUGCACCGAUGCCGAAGCACACUUGAGUGAAAUACUGCAGGACGUAGACAUCACCGACAAUCCGGUGCUGCUGAAUUGUGACGCCGACGGAGAGGUGAAGGCUUCUCUCUUCAAACAUAGCCAGCUGGAGGCAAUCAGCUAUGAAGUUGUUAGCGAGGCGGAUUUAUUCCGAGACUACAUGUUUCUGAGACUGCAGUGCAGUUUGGAGCUGUUUUGUGAGCAGAAUGAAAAAUCAAUUUCGCUUAGUUUGUUCACGCUCAGGAAACGGCUUGCUUCCGGGAAUGUGGCCUUCAGUGUUGCUGGCACGGAUGUAAUACUGAAUGGGGGAAGCAGCGGAAGUCAGGUGAUAGGGUUGAGCCCUGAAGAUACGAUGGAGAGUUUGUUGGGAUUGACAGCAAAAACGGGGGAAGAUGACGGAUUUUCAGCUAAAAUUGGAAAGAAAAAAACUGGGAAUAACAUUAUUCCGACGGAGUAUCAAGUUCUGAAUAUUAACAUGUUGGUUAAAAUAUCAAAAGACGCCCAGGACGAAAAGUUGACCAGAGAAGCUUGUAACGUUACUAUCGAUAGUAAAAAUGGAUAUAAUAAAAUUAAAAUCCCGCUUCAAGUUGACGUUCUUAGCAUGCUACACAGGGAAACUAAAGUUAUUUUGUGCUACGACAUUCUGGUAGAAAGUGUGUGUCGAUCAUUGCGCUUGAUCCAGAGCAGUUUUAUUGAGCAGUUGGCAUUCUACAAAAAGGUUCAUGUAUCAAAAUGUUACCAUAUGCUUCCUGAUGGUUUGGGUCACUUUCUGACAUGUGUUUAUCCGGUUCGCGAGUUGGCUGAGACAGAAGAUGAAUUUCUUCUUGAAAAGCGGAGAUCCCUGCAUGAACAGUUCGGGUUACGAACGAACCGACCCUUUUUCCGAAAGGCCAACGGCUUCCGAUUCAGACAAGAUGGCAGUAAACUUUUAUUCAAUCCACACGUUGGAGUUAAAAGGCAGUUAACGGAUGGACGGUUAUCGUUGGUACAGGGGCGAUACAGUUACCACCACUACAUGCAGGAUGGUUUUAAUGACGAUGGGUGGGGCUGUGCCUAUCGUUCUUUGCAAACGCUCAUUUCAUGGUUCAUCUAUCAGGGCUACGCUGAUGUUCGAAUCCCGACGCACAAUGACAUUCAGAAGUAUCUGGUGCAAGUAGGUGACAAACCAUCCAGUUUUGUCGGAUCCCGGCAAUGGAUUGGUUCCACCGAGGUGUCGAUGUGUUUGAAUGAAUUUGUCAAAGUGGACUCGAAAAUAAUGCACGUGAGUUCCGGAGAGGAAAUGGCAACCAAAGGCUCCGAACUGGUGUACCAUUUUGAUACGCAGGGCACACCGAUUAUGAUUGGUGGUGGUGUAUUGGCGCACACAAUUCUCGGGGUGGAUUACGAUAGGAAUAACGGAAAUUUGAAGUUUUUAAUAUUGGACCCCCACUAUACGGGGCUGGAUGAGAUAGGGACGGUGUUGGCGAAAGGCUGGUGUGGUUGGAAGGGUGUGGAGUUCUGGGAUAAGAAAGCGUAUUAUAAUCUGUGCAUGCCACAGAGACCUCCAGUGUUUUAGAUAACAAUCAGUGUUGUUCUUAAAGUAAAUAAAUUUGUUUUCCAUAAACAAACAUGAUUGUAAAUAUCACAGCUUGUGUGAUGUCAUGUAAAGAAAUGACCCCAGAAUAAAGCGUAUUCUAACCAAGUAACGUAUUCAUGAAUGUACUGUAUAAAUACGCACCUAAUUGUGUAGCUCUAAACAUUGCGCACUUUCUUAUUAUCAAUACUAUAAAUAAUCAGACA